AUUUAUUUGUUUGAUAUAGAUAAAUAUUUAUGAAUAGCAAAGAUAAAAUUUCCAAAUAUAAAGCCAAAGUUAAUGAUGUUAUCUAAAAUAUGGUGUAUGAGUUAUUCAAAAAAUAACCAGAAAAUUAUGUAAUUUAAAAUUUUAGGUUAGAUUGAUUGGAUGAUUUAAUACUUAGAAGUAAGAAGAGCUAAAAAUAAUGUAAGAACAACACAAAGUCUAUAGAUUGAAUAUCAUAUAUCCUCUGAAGAAGAUAAUGCAGAAGAUGUAGACGAAUUAGAAAAAGCUGUAAGAAAAGAAUAACAAUUUCGUACUUCUGUAAGUGCUGAAGUAUAUGGACUUUACAAUAAAAAAGAAGACUUUAAACCUAGAGUAAUUCCUAAAAGUUAAGAUCAGAGAGAAAGAAUAGAAAACAAACUAAGUGGUGUUUUUAUGUUUUAAGGAUUGGAUUAAAAUGAAAAAAAUAUAAUUAUUGAUGCCAUGGAAGAAAAACAUUUCAAUGCAGGAGAUUGGAUAAUUAAUUAAGGUGAUGAUGGCAAUGAAUUAUAUGUUGUAGCUUAAGGUUAAUUAGAUUGUUAUAGACGAUUCUCUAAAGAUCAAGAACCUAAAUUAAUUAAAUAAUAUUAAAGUGGAGAUAUGUUCGGUGAGUUGGCUCUUCUAUACAAUGCACCUAGAGCAGCCUCCAUCUAAUCAAAUACUGAAUCAAUUCUUUUUGCACUUGAUAGAUCUACUUUCAAUGCUAUUGUUAAAGAAGCCACAGUCAAAAGAAGAGAACAUUAUGAAGAAGUACUAUCUAAAGUUGAAAUACUCAAAUCUAUUGAUUCUUAUGAAAAAACUUAAAUAUGUGAUGGUUUGAAAGAAUAACACUUUAAAUCUUAAGAAUAUAUACUUAAAGAAGGAGAAGAAGGACAUAAAUUCUAUAUCGUUGUUAAAGGAACUCUUAUUGCUAUUAAAUAAAAUGAAGAAGUUCUUAAAUAUAAAACUGGUGACUAUUUUGGUGAAUUAGCUCUUAUUAAUAAAGUACCAAGACAAGCAACUAUUUAAGCUGAAGUAAUCAUUUAAAUUUAUUCUAGACUGAUUGUAUUGUUGUCUAUUUAGAUUAUCAAGCAUUUAUAAGACUUUUAGGACCUAUUGAAAAUAUUUUAAUUAGAAAUGCAGAUAACUACAAAAAGUUUAUCAAUUGACAAUCAUAUUCAAAAUAAAAUAAAUUAUAUCAUCAAC